GAACGGCAGGGCGUGUUGGGAUCGUUCAACCUAGCGGAGGAGCGAGUUGGUCUUGGGGACGUUGAGAGGCUAAAACCUGAGUCUGAGCAACAAUGAGAAGUUGGUGGUUUUUGGUGACUACAUUCUUUAUCCUAUGGGGUCUUUCUUUGGCUAAAUUUGAGGAAUUUGAUGACGAUGACUUAGUGGAAUAUGAUGAUAAUGAUUUUGCUGAGUUUGAAGAUGUGAUUGAAGCCACAGAAUCUCCCCAGCGGAUUGUUACAGCAGAAGAGGAGGAGGAGGAAGCCACAGUAGAACUUGAAGGACAAGAUGAAGGCCUUGACUUUGAGGAUGCUGAUGGACAGGAAAGUGAUACAGAAAGUGAGCCCUAUGAUGAUGAGGAAUUUGAAGGCUAUGAAGAAAAACCUGAUGCAACUCUUGGCAAAAAUAAGGAUCCUAUUACUAUUGUUGAUGUGCCUGCACAUCUUCAAAACAGUUGGGAGAGUUACUACAUGGAAAUUUUAAUGGUGACAGGGCUUCUUGCUUAUAUCAUGAACUAUAUCAUUGGAAAGAAUAAGAACAAUCGUCUGGCCCAGGCCUGGUUCAGUAGUCAUCGAGAGCUUCUUGAAAGUAACUUUACACUAGUUGGUGAUGAUGGCACAAACAAAGAAGCCAUAAGUACAGGCAAACUGAACCAAGAGAAUGAACAUAUCUAUAAUUUGUGGUGUUCCGGUAGAGUGUGUUGUGAAGGCAUGCUUAUCCAACUCAAGUUUCUUAAGAGACAAGACUUGCUGAAUGUUCUUGCACGCAUGAUGAGGCCAGCCUGUGACCAAGUGCAAAUAAAAGUUACUAUGAAUGAUGAUGAUAUGGAUACCUACGUUUUCGCUGUUGGGACAAGAAAAGCCUUGGUACGGCUUCAGAAGGAAAUGCAGGACCUGAGUGAGUUCUGCAGUGAUAAACCCAAAACGGGGGCAAAAUAUGGGCUCCCAGAAGCACUGGCUAUCUUAUCAGAAAUGGGUGAGGUCACAGAAGGAAUGAUGGAUACGAAGAUGAUCCAUUUCCUCACACAUUAUGCUGAUAAGAUUGAGUCAAUUCAUUUUUCAGACCAAUUUUCCGGUCCAAAACUUAUGCAAGAGGAAGGCCAGCCUUUGAAACUGCCUGAAACUAAAAAGACACUGCUAUUUACUUUUAAUGUACCAGGUUCAGGCAAUACUUCUCCCAAAGACAUGGAAGCUCUGCUGCCUCUGAUGAACAUGGUUAUUUAUUCUAUUGAUAAAGCAAAAAAGUUCCGUCUGAACAGAGAAGGAAAACAGAAAGCAGAUAAAAAUAGAGCACGUGUGGAAGAGAAUUUCCUGAAAUUGACUCAUGUUCAAAGACAAGAGGCUGCCCAGUCCCGCCGGGAAGAGAAAAAACGAGCAGAGAAGGAGAGAAUCAUGAAUGAGGAAGAUCCAGAAAAGCAGCGACGUCUAGAGGAGGCUGCCUUGCGUCGUGAACAGAAAAAACUUGAAAAGAAGCAAAUGAAAAUGAAACAGAUCAAGGUGAAAGCUAUGUGAAAAACUUACUAGGGAGAAAUAUCUUUUUGGUGCCAACCAUAGAAUUGCAAUUUGCUGCCUACAAUGAGCUGAUUAUAUUCCUGACCUUAAUCAUUGGCCACUUAAGAACCAUUUUUGAUGAUAACUUUUGUCACUCAUGGGUUUAUGAAUGAAAGUUUUCUCCCUCCAUGUAUAUUUGGCAAAGUUGUUCUUAACUCCAUUAGUAACAGUUUUAACACAACUUUUAAAAAUGUGUUUAUGUACUGAAUUGCUUCAACCAAUGACCCCCAAAACAACAAAAUUAUACUUAGUUACCAAUAAAAUAAAUAUAUUUUAA